ACUGGAGUGCACUGGACUUUUUUCUGAGCGACCGGACAUUAUUUUUCACAAGCGCUGUUCCUGGUUGGAAUAGAGUGUUAUAAAUCCAACAGUGUGGAACCUUUGUUUUAUUUGCCAGUACAAAUAGACACCCUUUUUACUUUGUCAAGCUGUCUUUUUAUACAUCUAGUCUGAUUUUCAUGGGUUCUAUUCAAACGUCCUACACUGUAUGUUCUACCGGCUAGAAAGUAGAGAUUUUGUCGACGCCUGUUCUUUUCACCUACUGAUUGUAACAAUGGAAGCAUGAGCACUAGAACUACACUGCGUGCCAUCACAACUUCACAAGUUGUUGGAUCAAAGUAAACUGGAAAUUUAUUUCUCUGGAGCUGAAGUCUUUGUACAUAUUCUAUCUGUUCUCGUUUGACAAGAUGCUCCUCUGGAUGGUAUAAUUCAAUUAAGCUCAAACCUGUCAGUGUUUAAUUGUUCUUUCCUGAGGUGGGAUAAUUGAUUCUGACAUAAUCUUUCGCUGUCGUCUUGUAGUGUACCUUGUCUUGAUGCAUCAAAUCUCUGGACAUGGUACUCUGUCCUAGCGACUGGUUCCCAUCACAUUGUGACGUCAUCCCCAUCAGUCUGUGUGUAUCUCAUGGAGCUAUAUUCGCAAGGGUUUCGGUAUUAACAACGGUCUUUGUCGACGACUCAUUUUCAUUGUCUUCAGCGUCAACCAGAAAGUUAUCUUUGAUUUUUGUCACCGUCUUUGGGAAAGUGAUUGAACAUCUAAAAGGUGCUUUUACAUACACUAAACCUUUUUGGUAGCCACAGCCAAACGCAAACUGCUUUCAGAGAAACAGUCCCUCCAUGAUUUUGUGUUCCCAGCAAAGGAACUUUAGUUCAGUUUUGAAACCCAUUUUGAAACACGGUUUUGGUGUUGCUGUCAUACCCAGCUUAGAAACUUUAUUUCUUAAUCUGAAACCUGUGUUCAAAAGAAACACCAUGGAAGAUUUGUUCAGCUACAAGACGACUCCCACCACAUCAUCUGAGAGUUUGUCUCUACCAGGGAAGUACCUUAGCCCAACCUCCUUCACCUUGGAGGAUCUUGGCUCAUCUGGUAGCUCCUUGGAGAGUAGUUUAUCUCCCUUGAGCUGCCAUAGCAGUCUCAGUGACUAUGAGAGUAACUGCAGUUACCUCGACUCAGGUCUUGAUUUUAACACUACAUGUUCCUCCAUUGCUUCCUAUGAAGCUCGUACCCUUCCCGUCGCUCAGGUCACCCCCUCAAAAGCCCACCAGAGUUCCCCCCGAAGAACCGCCCAUGAACGUCCCUCCUCCAUCAACUACACCACGCACCCAACAAGCCAUGACUUCAAGGAUGCUCCCCGCGAGAAAUUCGUCUCCCUGGACGCAACGUUGAAUCAAACUCAUUUUGACGCCGACACGGAACCACUGAAGAAUAAGUGGCCGUCAGAGAAUAAAUGGUCGUCGGAGCCCGGCCUUGCCUAUAGUAAAGAUAAACUGGGUUCAUCUCACAUGCAGAAGACACUAUCUCCAAGUAGUUACGGGACAGAACAUCGGUCACCAGUGAAAUCUGACAUGCUACCGGGUGGCACGUACACAGGGUACCAGUCGGCAGGGAACAUUCAUGUCGGGAUGGGACUUCAUGGAAGGUCGGCAAUAGAUUAUAUGGACACGCCGGGGUUUAGUUCGGGUUAUGGAGCGAGCAUGAAGUCACAUGAUCUUACGCAGUGGCAGCAGCAACUGCAGCAGCAGCAGCAGUUGCAGCAACAGCUGGAGCAGUUGCAGCUACAGCCGUUACAUGUACAUGGUGUACAGCCAAGCUAUCCUUACUCAGCGACGUACCCUUCUAUUGGAACAAUAUCGGGUCCUAAUUUCAGCCAAGAUCUCGGCAAAUUGGAAGGUGUGAUCAGAGCGAAGGAAGGUCUGUUGGAUGAGAAAAACCUCAUCAUUGAAAGGCAAAAGUUGGAGCUUGCCCACUCUAAGGAGCAGUUGAGACAAAAACAGUCUCAGGAAAGACACAUGAUGUACUCAAGAGCACAUGAAGACAAAGGAGACUUUCUUCUAAUGAAAGUGCAGGAAUACCAGUAUGAAAACGCCUCGCUCAAAGCACAGCUUGCAGAACACUCAUCCAUCAAAUCAGCAGAAUUAGAAUUACUUCACAAGAAACUAGGAGAGACCGAGUAUGAGCAUGGACAGCUGAAGAAGGCGUUGAAGGAAGCAUGCGAGUCAAAAACCAGAGAAUUAAAGGAGAUCGAAAAGAAGAUGACGCAGAAGGACGAGAGUGGUGAAGACACCAAAGUGAAGUACACUCGCAUGAAGGAGAAGUACGAGCGACUCAAGAAACGUGUGACUAGCCUUGAGAGAUACAUGGGAGACCUACCCACAGCGGAGCAACACCUCAAGAACACCGAAGUUAUUAAGAAUCUGUGUGAGAAGGAGAAGCUGCUCAAGGAGAGAAUCUCUCAGCUGGAGACGUCUCUCGCUGAGUCCAGGAAUGCUGUCAGGAACCGUGACAUCGUCGUCACUAAGCUAGAGGGUCAGGAAAGCGAUCUACGAAUUGAGCUAGACAGCUUGAAGAGUGAAGCAGCUCGUCUUCAGUCCGUCUUGGGAGCUCCUAAGGACGCUGAUCCAACUACCUUGAAGUUGUUCAGUCGUACUGCUAUGGAGGAACUGGUCCACGAGAGAGACGAGGCCAAGGCUGAAGUGGAGAAACUUAAAAAGAUGGUGGAGAGCAAGCACAGACAGUUGAAGACGCAGCAGUCACGUCAUCAGAAGACUGUGAGUGAGCUUGAGGAGAGACUACAGCAAGAGGAGGAUACCAUUACAGCACUCAAAGAGAAUGCUCAAACUAAGGAUGAGGACCUCAUGAAGAUGAAGGAUUCCAUGACAUCGUUGGCCAAACAGAGUCAGGAAUUAUACGAGCACAAUCUAGACGUCCAGGAACGCAACCAGGCCCUUGAGAAGAUUGCCUCAUCGGACGUCUUACAGGCGAGUCAUCGCCUCAUCCGUGAGGUAGAGGAAUGCGUUGCGGAGCUCCAUGGUCUAGUGCAGGUCUGUACGCAGACUGCAGAGGGUCAAGAACCUAAUGUGUCUGUGUUAUUACGCUUCAGAGCGCCAUGUGUUAGCCAUGAUCCAGAAGGAGCAGAAGGGGGUGAGCUGGACACAGAUUCAUUACACAGUAAACUGAAACAAGUUAAAGAUCUGCGGGCAGAGAUUGAUCGUCUACGAAGCCUGGUUUCCAAUAAGUAUGCAGAGGACAUGGGCAAUGAGUGUAUUACACAAUGAUGGAUACAAUACAUUCCUAGUAUUGUCCCAUUGCACGACGUGCAGCGCACUUAUAAUUAUACGCACUGAUCCUGUCUGCCAUUUUGGAAGUCAAAACAGGUGUUCCCACUGGACUUUUUUUGGCUAAAGUGUCGCAAUUUUUUUUUAGAAUAACAAAAUUAAAUCCAAUGGGGGCGCAUGGUAACUGACCCCCCUGUCAACUUACCACAACUGUGAUGUAAAACUAACAGGGCGAAAGAGGUUGCGGAAGACUUCCACUCAGCCACGGUUACUUAACGGGCCAAAAAAGUAAAAUAGGAACCGUGACCAAGCUGUAACACAAACACGCGAAUUAACUUGUUAAAAUACGUCAUGUACCCAGUUGGUUAAAUUAUACGAAAUAAUCGUCUUCCAAAACUUUUCAUGCAUGAAAAAAAUAUAUUUCUCAACCGAGGUAUUGUAUAUAUUUAUUUAUAAAA